AUGUUAGCAAAUGCGCAAUGACUUUUUUUCUUUUUUAGGGUUUCUGCAAAUCCAGCAUCUUCUUUCUCUCAAAGCACCUAAUCUUCUUUACUUAGAAUCCAUUUCGUCUAAAAGUUAUUUCAGUCUCAACUUCAGACUCUUCUGAUUUUCUUGUCUACACACUGAAUUCUUUGAAGAAAUUCAUCAAGAAAAUUAUGGGAUAUGGCCGUUUCCAAGACAAGCUAUGAUGAAAAUCAUAAGAUGAUAAAAGAUUCAAGAGAAAAGGAGUUCCUCACUAAACAAGAUGGGGGAACAAGUACUGACGCCACCAAGCCUAAAACAAGCACAAGACUAUGGUCUGCACUGAGAAAUCCAAGGGUAGUGAGAGUCUCCCAAACAUUUAAAGGUAAAGAUAGACAUAGUAAAGUGAGCACCAUAAGAGGAUUGAAGGACAGAAGAGUGAGGCUAUCAGUGCCUACUGCAAUUCAAUUGUAUGAUCUUCAAGACAAGCUUGGCCUUAAUCAACCAAGCAAGGUUGUAGAUUGGUUACUUAAUGCUUCUCAACAUGAAAUCGACAAACUUCCACCGCUACCGCUUUUUCCAGAAAAUUUAAUUCAGUUUCCUCAAACUUUGGCUUCUUCUUCUUCAGCUGUUAAUGAUGGAAUUACUGAAAAUUUUACUGAUUCUGAUCAAAUAGCUCAAACAUUCAGUAAUGAUCAAAAUGUUUUUAAUAACAAUGUUGUUGAUGAUCAGAAUGUAGCACAGUUUCAGAAAACAGCUUACUGGAAUUCUGACAACUUCAUGAGAAGUAGAUUAGCAAGAGAUAUCACAUUUGAAUCAGGGAUUGAUCAGAAAGGGAAUAGUGAAAAAUAUCCUCAUGAUGAAAUGGAUAGUACCCUGGAAUACACUUUUUUUCACCAAUUUGAGCCAAAUGUACCUCAGGCAGAAGUUGCUCAAGGUUUUCUAUUAGCUUCAGGAUCUCCUUCCCUGAUCUCAUUAAUGCCGGGUUCGCAGCCUAUGAUGCCAUCAGUAUUCUCAUUAUAUGGAAAUAAUCACAACAUUUUUCAAAUGCCGAGCACUUUUGCGCAACUUUUGCCGUUAAAUUCUUCAAGAACAUCUCUUCAUGCAGGUAGAGAACAUGAGAGGAAGCAGUAGUAGGGCUUCAAAUGCCUCCCCACAUACUUCACUUUAUAGAGAUUGUUGAGAUGGGUGCUCGAGCAUGGAUUCAAAGAGAAACUGUAAGGUGAGCAAAAUGCACAGACGCAAAACUGAGUUUCUUUCUAUGUACUACUGUGUAUAAAAAAACAUUCUAAACACAGUAAUAUUAUAUGAUCUGUAUGCUUUUGCUUUCGAAGUUAUUAGAAAGGCACAUUUUAGGUUUCGUUUGGGACAAUUUUUUUAUUGCUUCUUAAAGCAAUUUUUUAGUAUAAAAAUUUACUAUAAAACUGUUUUAUGAAGUAGUAAAAAAAUUGUUCCAAAUGAAGUCUAUCAUCAAAGCAAGCUAUAGUAAUUGGAUAUUAUGUAUGAAAAUAUAUGAAGUCUUUCAUUUUA